AUGGAGAUGAGGAAAGGGGCAAUCGACGGAACUGUGAGAAUCUUGAUGAGGGUCGAUGGUGAUGUCGGCGCACGCCGUCCCUGGUCGUCGAUGUUAGUGGUGAGAGUUGCGAGGUUGAGAUUCGAGACCAGCCAGGGAGAAUGUUUACCAAAAUCGAAAAUUAAACUGACACAUCGUAUCGCUGUACCGAUAUUAGCGUCCUUCUGCCCUAAAGCUGCAGCAGGCAAGGGGUUUGGAAGACUGCAGCUGGAUUAUAAGCGGAACGCAACGUACUACAAUAACCCGACCCACCUCUACCGACCACCCAGACGGGUAGCUGGCAGAGGGCCGGGUGCCGGCACCCUGUCCCAGGCUAAGGUUCCUUACCAUCGGGCCGCGUCCUUGGUGUCCUUUGGUGGAGGGCUAAUCAGAAUGAGCUUUAGGUUAUUACAGGUCAGAUUUCGACAUCGUCUUACGUUGGAGGGCGUUCGCGCUCCAAGCCCUCCAACAGAGGCUGCUCCUCCAGGGGCGGGGACAUGGAGGGUCGGGGACGGCGGUGGGGGGCGCGGCGGAGGCGGGCGCUAUGAGAUAUUAGACUUGAUCUACUAUCUCUUGGGCAUAGAAUGGAAGAGGGACUUACGAAGCGGCUUGGACGAUGUCCUCCCAAAGCUCGGCGAGCUUCUUCAUAAUCCCCAUUACGGGCAAGGAGCAAGGCUGAUGUGGGUUAGUGUCUAUGAACAGGACUACCGUUUCAGUCUUCACUGCGCUAUUGUGGCGUUAAUUUGCCUGAAUAUCUCAUAUUUGGGCCAUAAGAAAGCUAAUAUCUCCAUUCCUACUUACCAACAUCCACCAACAAAUACUGAGGGAUCAGUGUGGGAAAUUGUUUUUCAUAAAAUAAUAGAUGUAGAGAUGAUGGUAAAGUUGAAGUUAUUUUCGUAUAAUGCAUCUUUUCGUAUGUCGUCAUAA